GAAGACGCCAAGUCCAGAAGCGCGCCAAUCCCCUCGUGUUGUGAGCUGUGUCUGCAGGUGCUGGGAGCUGAGACCGGUUAGCGUGGUUGUGUGAAUCUGCUGCAGAAAUGCCAUCCAACGUAGAGAUAAAAGCCCAGGUGUAUGAUCAUGAUACUCUGACUCAGCGUGCAAAGGAGAUAAGUGGGUCAGAGGGAACCAUCAUCAAGCAACAGGACACUUUCUUCACUGUGAGCAAGGGCCGUCUCAAACUGAGGGAUUUUAAAAAUGGAAGUGGACAGCUGAUAUUCUAUGAAAGACCAGACAUGGAUGGACCCAAACUUUCCAACUACUCCAUCACUGCCACAGAUGAUCCUGACGGACUGAGAAAGGUCCUGACAGAUGCUCUGGGACAAGUUGGUGAGGUAAAGAAGGAGAGACGGCUCUAUAUGGUGGGACAGACGAGGGUGCAUGUGGACACUGUGGAAGGCCUGGGAAACUUAAUGGAGCUUGAGGUAGUAAUGAAAGAAAACCAGAGCACUGAGGAAGGAGUUGCCAUAGCCAACCAGCUGAUGCAGGAUUUGGGAGUAAAGAACGAGGACCUGAUUGAGGGCGCAUACAUGGACCUGUUGCUUGCAAAAGACCAGAAGAAUGGACACUAGGCUUAUCGAUGCAGGUUUCUUGCCGGCUGUUAAAACUGAUGGAAUUUUGAGAACAAUCUGAUUACUGACAAUAAACUUUAUUAUUUUUUUA